CCCGCUUGUGUGUGGUGUACAUUCAUUCACUCUCUCAAAAAUGCAAUAUAUAUAGAUUAUAUCAGUAUCACUAUCACCCACAACAAAUAUCUUUACUCUUCACUAACCCUUUCAUAUUCUUCACCUUACUGUGAAAUUUUCCUCCUGAAAAAAUGGAGCGUUGCUUCUAUAGUUCCACCAUACCAUCGUCACCACCCUCAUCUUCCACCAUUCUCAACUUUCAGGGUGUUUCAUCAUCUGUUGGUAGAAGAUUUUCUAAGAAAACUUUACGUCCUGGAGUGCUGUCUUCUCCGCUUUCUAAACCAUUUCUUCAACUUAAUUACAGAUAUCCAACCUUGCUUGACCAACAAACCACAUCCUAUCUCCCCCUGAGAACACAUAAGGGCUACAUUUAUGCAGAAGCUGGGAAACAAGGUUGGGAUCUUGGCAGAUUCGUGAAAACAUUGUAUUUUUUUAAUGGGCCUCCAUCUCCGGCUAAGUUCUUCGAAUUCCUGAUUGAGAAACUGUCCAGUCCAUCCCCUAGCGAACCAGUCAAGGCAAUGGACACGUCUGGAAUUGUUCUUGUGGCUGGAGCUACUGGUGGUGUUGGGAGAAGAGUAGUGGACAUCUUACGCAAAAAAGGACUGCCCGUUCGAGUAUUGGUCAGAAAUGAAGAGAAGGCUAGAAGAAUGAUGGGUCCAGAUGUUAACUUGAUUGUUGCAGAUGUUACAAAGGCAAGCACUUUGGUUCCUGAGUACUUCAAAGGAGUGAAGAGAGUCAUUAAUGCUGUUUCAGUCAUCGUUGGGCCAAAGGAAGGAGACACUCCUGAGAGGGCCAAGUACAGUCAAGGAAUCAAGUUCUUUGAACCAGAGAUAAAAGGCGAUUCACCUGAAAUGGUGGAGUACAUUGGGAUGAAAAAUCUUAUUAACGCUGUAAAGGACAGCGUUGGACUUCAAAAUGGAAAACUAGUAUAUGGAUUUGAAGACAAUUCAUCUAGAGAACUGCCUUGGGGUGCUUUAGAUGAUGUUGUGAUGGGGGGAGUUAGUGAAAGCACAUUCCAAGUAGAUCCUAAUGGUGGUGAAAGUGGCGGAUCGACUGGCCUUUUCAGAGGUGUUGUUUCCACUGCAAACAACGGGGGUUUUACUAGUAUCAGAACAAAGAAUUUUUCAAUACCAGAAGAUCUUUCGGCAUAUGAUGGUUUAGAGCUGCACGUUAAAGGUGAUGGCCGUCGUUAUAAAUUUAUUGUUCGCACCAGCCGUGAUUGGGAUACUGUGGGUUAUACAGCAGGCUUUGACACUGUAGAAGGCCAAUGGCAAUCGGUACGUUUGCCAUUUUCUUCUUUGAGGCCUAUAUUUAGAGCACGAACUGUAGCAGAUGCACCACCCUUUGAUCCAAGCCAAAUUGUAUCAUUACAGCUUAUGUUCAGCAAGUUUGAAUAUGAUGGAAAAUUGAAUCCAACCUUUGUUGAAGGUCCAUUUCAGCUUCCCAUAUCAAGUAUAAGAGCAUAUAUAAAGGAUCCCAUCACUCCCAGGUUGGUACAUGUGAGCUCUGCUGGGGUAACCAGACCUGAUAGACCUGGACUUGAUUUAAGCAAACAGCCACCUGCUGUCCGCUUGAACAAGGAAUUGGGCUUCAUUCUUACGUUUAAGUUGAAGGGGGAAGAUUUGAUACGGGAAAGUGGAAUUCCGUAUACGAUUGUUAGGCCUUGUGCGUUAACUGAGGAGCCUGCAGGAGCUGAUCUCAUUUUUGAACAAGGAGACAAUAUAACGGGGAAGAUAUCAAGGGAGGAGAUUGCACGAAUAUGUGUUGCUGCACUGGAAAGCCCAUAUGCAUGUGGCAAGACAUUGGAGGUUAAGAGUGUAAUUCCAUUUAGUGAGCCAUACACGGUGGACCCUGAAAACCCUCCACCUGAGAAAGAUUAUGAAGUAUAUUUCAAAACUUUGGAAGAUGGCAUUACAGGGAAAGAGAUCUUAGAAAAAAGUCCUGUUCCUGUCUAAGAUCUAUGCUUGGUGUCAACUUCCAAUGCUAUGAUCGUUGGUGAUGCUGUGGAGGGUCAAAAACUCACUGCCUCCACUUGUUGAUAGGUCCAAUAUAGCCAGACUGGGGAACUUGGAAGCUUUUGCUUCUCCACCUUCAGUAAGUUUUCCCGUAUAAGAAAAAAAACAGACAUUCGAAAGAGAAAGAAAAGCGAUGAAAAGAGAAAUUCAUACGUUCUAAGUUCAAGUUGUAAUAAUUGUCUACUUGUGGAUGUCCUAAUGCAUGAUUCGACAUUAAUGUCACAUUUAUCGGGUGAAUGUUUUGAUUUUGAUCGUAGAAGUUGAAGUCUCAGUACCUAUCCAUAUGUAUUUGUGUAUGUUUGGCAAUACUUGAAUGAACUUGUACUAGUUUCACUCUGCAGCAUGGAAAUCUUUCAUU